AUGGCAUCACCAACAUUUGAUCAAACACAAUUUCAAACACCAAUUAAAAAAUGUCCAAUAUCAUCAUCACCAAGUUCUCCAUCAUCUAUUUCAACAACAUCAACAGAUCCUAAACAACGUUCAAUAACCGGUAGUAGUAGUAAUAAUACUAAUGAUGAAACAAUUACAACAAUUAAAAUGGAAGAUGGAACAGAUGAAAUUAAAAUAUUUUCAGCAUCGACAAUAAAAAAAAAUGACCCUGAUGAUGAUAUUGAUGUCGAUGGAAUUGAGGAUCGUCUUUCACCAGUUAUUGAAACACCAACAAGUCCUGAUAAAAAUGAUCCAUUGCAUAGUAGUAUUUCUGGUUUAUAUACAUCACCAUUCCUUUAUCCAUAUUUUCAUCCAAUGUUUCAUCCAUAUUUAAUGGCUGCAGCUGCACAAGCAAAUGCUGCUGGUUCAUCAACAGAUAAAUCAUCAGAUGGACAGAAUCUACUUACUUCUAAUCCAUAUGGUGGUGCACCUUCACCAUUUUCUGGUUUCAAUCCAGGUAUGCCUUUUCCUUCAUUAUAUCCACCUGGUAUGGGUAAUCAAUCAUUUCGUCCCAAUCUUUUCAAUCCAUUUGGUAUACCUAUUCCGGCACCUGGCGUUCGACCACCACAAGCUCCAUCCGCAUCAUCAUCUUCUUCAUCAUCUUCUAAUCGUCAUCAUCAGAAUUAUGAUGGAUCUCCUCGAAAUCUCAGUGUUCUUCUCGAUGCACAACGUCCAAAGAAACCUCAUAUAAAAAAACCUUUAAAUGCAUUUAUGCUUUAUAUGAAAGAACAACGUGCACGUGUUAUUGAAGAAUGUACAUUAAAAGAAUCAUCAGCUAUAAAUAAAGUUCUUGGACAAAAAUGGAAAGAAUUACCUCGAGCUGAACAAGAUAGAUAUUAUGAAUUAGCAAAAGAAGAACGUAAUCGUCAUAUGCAAUUAUAUCCUGGUUGGUCAGCACGAGAUAAUUAUGGUUUAAAAAAGAAACGACAAUCAAGUGGUCAUACACCUGUAUUAAAUAAUUCACAUAAGAAAGCACCAAGAGAAAAUAAUUCUAUGGUUAAUAGUCCAGGACAUUUAAAUCAUGGUAGUCCGCAUCGUUAUGGCCAACAACAUCAUUUAAUCAAUAGUCCACAUAUGAAUUCAAAUAAAAAUCCAAUGCAAUUAGAGAAUGAUUGUCUAAAUCAAAAGAAAUGUCGAGCAAGAUUUGGAUUAGAAGGUCAAAGUCAAUGGUGUAAACAUUGUCGACGAAAGAAGAAAUGUACAAGAUUUCUUGAAGAAGAUAUGUCAAAUCAUGCUAAUAAUAAUAAUAUGAAUAGUUAUCAUAAUCCAUCAAUGAAUACUCAUGGAAGAAAUAAUGGUAAUCCAUCAUUAAUUAAUUCACCACGAACAAAUCAAUCGGAUGAUGAUGAUGAUGAUGAUUCGGUAAAUGAACCUGAUGGUGAUGAUAUAUUAUCUCGACAAGUUGAUACAAUUGAAGAUGAUGAUGACGAAGAUGAGGAUGAUGAUGAAGAUGACAGUGAUGAAGAAAAUAAACAACAACAUCAUCAUCAACAACCUGUUUCACUUGUUUAUAAACCAAUUCCAUCAAAAAUUGAUUCUCAUCAACACCAAUUUCAACCACCACCACCUGCACAUUUAUAUCAACCCUCAACAUUACCAUCUCAUUUUACACCUAACUUUCAUUAUUAA